ACUCGGCGUCACGGGGCAGCGCGCUAAGCCCAUUCGGGCAGCUCCACAGGCAGCCGAAAGACUCCGUCGCCUUCAGAAUCCGCCGAUUUCUCCCAGAUUCAGGUUCAUGCUAAUCCCGAUCCUGAGACCCUGCCCCUGCGUAUGCAAUGCACCAUGGCUGGGAAGGCCCCGGAGGAUGAAAAGUCGCUGCGGGACGAAUCAAUUCAGGUCCCGCAGCUAGACCCCCAGAAUGAACAUGACUUUACUGUCCUGAGUGACCGUGAUGCGGCCAAGAUCCUGCCCUACGAAGCCGAUGAUUCUCCGUUCCCGGAAGUGCGGGCUGCUGUGCGGCCCAAGGAUGAUAUAAACCUGCCAGUUAAUACCGUUCGCAUGUGGGUGAUCGGGAUAUUGUUUACUAUAGUUGGGAGUGGCCUGAACCAAUUUUUUAGUUUGCGACAGCCCAGUGUCACGAUCAGUGCAUUGGUGGCACAGCUGGCAGCCUAUCCCAUCGGGUGUGCCUGGGCGCGAUGGAUCCCAUUGGGCCGGUUCAACCCGGAUCGCCAUUUCAACAUCAAGGAGCAUGCGCUGAUUACAAUCAUGGCCAACGUUGCAUUUGGGUCGGCUGCAGCCACCCAGGUCAUCGAGGCGAUGGUCAAGUUCUACGGCAUGCCCUCGAAGGGUGGAUUCGAGAUCCUCUUUACCAUCACGACGCAGAUGUUCGGGUUUGGCUUGGCCGGCAUGGCGUCGCGCUGGCUCGUGGGGCCUGCGACGAUGAUCUGGCCCCAGGUGCUCUCUAAUGCUGCGCUACUGUCGACCUUGCAUUCCCGGAGAAAUACCUUGGCGGAUGGUUGGAUCAUCACGCGCCUGCGUUUCUUCCUGCUGGUUUUCAUUGGUGGAGCGGUCUGGUACUUUCUUCCAGGCUAUCUCUUCACCGCACUCAGCACCUUUACCUUCGUUUGCUGGAUUGCGCCACACAAUGUGGUUCUCAACCAGCUCUUCGGCCAGCGGUCGGGACUGGGCAUGUCGGUUUUGACUUUUGACUGGGCGCAGGUCGUCUUUGCCAAUCAAAGCCCGCUGCUCGUUCCCUUCUGGGCCGGGUGUAAUGUGAUGGGGUCCUUUGCCUUGUUUUUCUGGCUUCUCUGCCCUCUCUUGUACUACACUAACACAUGGUACUCCGCCUAUCUUCCUCUGCUUGGCCCUAAUACAUUUGACAAUCGGGGUCGGCCCUACAUGGUUGAGCGGGUGAUGAACCCGGACGGUUCGGUGAAUCAAGAGGCGUACCACAAUUACUCGCCCAUGUUUCUUCCGGCGGGUUAUGCCGUGACAUAUGGCGUGGCAUUUGCCAACUUGACCGGGAUCUUCGUCCACGUUGCACUGUACCACGGGAAGGACCUGUGGGAGCAAUGGAAGGGGCGCAACCAAAAAGACGUGCAUUCCCGUCUGAUGGAAUCGUAUGCCGAUGUGCCAUGGUGGUGGUUCGGGGCCGUGACGAUCGUGAUGUUCGUGCUGAGUAUUGUCACGAACGAGGUGUGGCACACAGAUCUUCCGGCGUGGGCAGUGCUGCUGGCUUAUCUGCUCCCGGCUGUGUACAUUAUCCCGAUUGGGAUCAUCAAGGCCGUGACCAACAUCUCGAGUAACCAGCUCAACUUGAUUACUGAGUUUAUCGGGGGAUAUGCAUUUCUUGGGCGACCCGUUGCCAACAUGGCUUUCAAGUUUUACGGGUAUGUGGCAGUGUCACAGGGUCUCGAGUUUGUGGCCGAUAUGAAACUGGCACACUACCUUCACAUUGCUCCUCGGACGCUCUUCAUGGCGCAAGGACUGGCUACGCUGGUCGGAGCCAUCGUGCAGUGCGGCGUGACGGUAUUUAUGAUAACGCGCUUUGAAGGGAUCUGUAAACCGGAUUCCCCGGGAGGGUUUAGCUGCCCACAUGGGCAUGUGACAUAUUCGUCUUCCCUGAUUUGGGGUGCUCUCGGCCCCGGACGGAACUUUUCCUCGGGCCAAAUCUACGGCAACCUCCUCUGGUUCUUCCUGGUGGGCCCCGUGGUUGUUAUCAUCACGUACCUUCUCGGCCGACGGUGGAAGCAAGUCAACUACAUCUCGUGGCCGGUGGCAUUCGGCGCCAUGAGCCAGGUCCCACCGGCGACGGGGAUCAGCUUCUCGUCGUGGUGGAUUGUAAAUAUCAUUUUCAACGGGCUGAUCAAGCGGCGCAAGCCGGCUUGGUGGGCGAAAUACAACUACGUCCUCUCGGCCGCAUUAGACUCGGGUGUCGCCGUGGCCACGGUGAUCAUCUUCUUCUGCAUCAUGCUCCCUGCGGGCAUUCUGCACUGGUGGGGAAACGACGUGCAUCACCGCACAGCCGAUGAUAUGGGAACGCCGUGGAAGAAGCUGCCGGAGUCGGGGUACUUUGGACCGGCGAUGGGCACAUGGCGAUGACAGUAGACGCAUGCGUAUAUACGUCGCAUAGACUUUGGCAUAUA